AUGGAUAUUCCAAAAAAUGCAUUUGUUUGGCCUGAUUAUGUGGUAUUUCUUAUAAUGUUGCUGGUUUGCAUAUUUAUUGGAGUAUAUUUUGGAUUUAUUAAAACAUCUAAAAAUGUUAAAGAUUAUUUAAUUGGAAGUCAAAAUAUGGCCGUAUGGCCGGUAACAAUUUCACUUGCUGUCAGCUAUAUUUCUGGAAUUUCAUUUUUGGGCUUUCCUACUGAAAUUUAUAUAUUUGGUAUACAAUUUUAUUAUGCAAUAUUAGAUGGUUUUUGUAUGGGAAUAAUUGGUAAUUAUAUAUAUUUACCUGUUUUUAUGGAUUUGCGAUUAACUUCGACUUAUGAGUAUUUAGAGUUGCGAUUUGAUAAAUCUUUACGACGACUUGGAUCGAUUUUAUUCAUUGUUAGUGUGAUGUUAUGGCUGCCAAUAGUAAUUUUUGUACCAGCAUUAGCUCUAAAUCAUGUAACUGGAAUCAAUGUGCACAUUAUAACACCAAUAGUCAGUGCCGUGUGUAUUUUCUACACUUGUGUGGGUGGAAUACGUGCAGUGAUAUGGACCGAUUUUUUACAAGCAUUCUUAAUGGUUAGUUCAAUGGUUUUAGUACUAAUUAAAGCAACUUGGGACCUUGGUGGUUUGGGAACAGUAAUCGAACGUAAUGUAGCUUCUGGAAGAUUGGAAUAUCCAGACAUGGAAUUAAGUUUAACCAAACGAUUAACAUUCCCUGUUUUGAUGUUUGGAGGUACAUUUAAUGUAAUUAAUUCUGGAAUUAUUAAUCAAGUGAUGAUGCAAAGAUAUGUUUCUUUGCCUUCCCUAAAAGAGGCUAAAUCGGUAGUAUGGUUGUUUAUUUUAGCCAAAACAAUCUUUCUAGGAUUAUGUGCUUAUGCAGGUCUAGUUAUUUUUGCAGCUUAUUUCAAUUGUGAUCCUUUUUCAACAAAGAUUGUAACAUCAAAAGAUCAACUUUUACCAUUACUGGUUAUUGACACUUUGAAAGAUUUCCCUGGAGCAUCAGGACUAUUUUUAGCAGGUGUUUUUAGUGCAUCGCUGAGUUCUCUAUCAAGUGGUUUAAAUUCAUUGGCCGCUGUAUUUUUAGAAGAUUGUUUUAAACCUAUUUUUACGAAAUUGACACCAAAGCAAGAACAAGUCAUUGUGAAAACUGUGGUUUUUGUUACAGGAGUUAUCAUAGUUGGAUUAGCAGCCAUAGUUGAAAAAUUGGGACAGAUAUUACAAUUAUCUGCUGCACUUGGAUCAAUUUCAUCUGGUCCUUUACUUGGUGUAUUUACUUUGGGUAUCUUAUUUCCAAGAGCAAAUGCCAAGGGUGCUUUGUAUGCAGGUUUUAGUGGAUUAAUCUUUAUGGCAUGGAUUUGUUUUGGUGCUCAAACGAUGCUAGCAACAGGAAAAAUGCAUUAUCCAAUAAAACCUGUUUAUACAGAUGGUUGUACAUUUAAUAUUACAGAGCUUGUAAGCACACCUCAACCACCGGAUGACUACGAUGAAACGAAUGUAUUCUUCUUGUAUCGAAUAACAUUCUUAUUGUAUACAGCAAUGGGUACAACGUUUACUGUAGUCUUUGGUUUAAUAAUAAGUUACUUAACUGGUUUUAAUAAAAUUGAAGAUGUGGAUCCUUUAUAUUUAGCACCGUUUUUGAGACCAAAAGCAACAAUCGAUAGCAAAUCAUUUAAAGAAAAUAAAGAGCAAUAUAAUGAGAAAUUUGAUACGAAUAUACCCAUGCCAGAAGCUGUUGAACUAUUAGACAAAAAAAUCGAUUCAAAUUGUACAGAAAAAAAAUAAAUUUCGAAGCAUGAAGCGAAAGAAAAUAGAUUUGGAAAAACUAUAAGUAUAUACGUCAAUCGAAUUGAUUUAACCACGUUCCGUGUAUAAAUAAACUGCCCGAAAAUACGUUUAUAAACAAUGCGAUUUCAAUCCUUUAUUGUGUAUAUUGUGUACA